UGUGGUAGGCUCUUGGUUUCAUACAAAGUGACAUUAUUAGAAUCAGAAAAAGAAGAGAGCAAAAUUGCAGUUUACAUAUAAUAUGAUAUGAGAAUGAGAGCCAAGGCAACAGAAAACAGAACCUGCCGUACAAUAAACUUAUAUAUCUAAAUGCCCGUAUCAGUAUCAUGGCCUCUACUAUUCAACCAAACAAACAAACCCUUCUGCCCAAAUCUAACCUCUCUCUUCCUCCGUUCAAUGGCCCAACAACCAAAACCAGCUUCUCCCUCUCCGUCUCAACUUCCGGGCGCCGCAGACGCAACCGAUCUUCCUCAUGCACCAACACCUCCCUUCGAUCCCAGUCGAAUGAUUGGCAUUAUCAAAAGGAAAGCCUUGAUUAAAAAAUUGGCGGCAGUUUACCAUGCUGAGUGCCUUGCUUAUUGUCAACAACUGUUGGAAUUACAAAAAAAAUCUGAAGAGCCAUUUGUGGAUUUAAAAACCCCUGAUGAUUCAAGGAAAGAGCCCAUGAGACCCCCUAAACGUCUCAAGAAGACCCGCUAAGCAUAUUAUGUUGUGAUGACUCAUCUCCUGCAUUUUUAUGUAAGAUGUUCCCCUUUAAAGAUUUGAUACAAAGUAGAAACAGCAAAGAUCAAAGUCAGCCACGGAGAUUCAAAUAUUGCAAUUGGUGUUAUAUUGUGUGCAUCAUAGACACUUCUGAUUCACUUGGUUGCAGAAGCAACAUGGUAUGCUGAUAGUGUAUUUUAUCUUGUGGGAAGUAGCUUGAUUGAAAUCAGAGGUUUUCCCAGCAUCUUCAUCUGUUUUUUAUGAGGGCCAACAUUCUGUUAUUUAAUCAUUUCAACAGCUACUUGGCUUUAGUAGGAUACAUGAUAAGAAUGGAUCAUCUGCUGCCCCCUUCAACAUUUUUUGUUCCAUAGAUGUAAUGGCCGAUGGCCAGAGUUAUUAGAUACCAAUCAUUUAGAAGACAAGAAAACAUCAUGCUUGGAUACAUUUGGCAAAUUCAGAGAACAUGUUCUAGCAGUAAUGAAAUGUUCAGAUAUUGGGAAA